AAUCUUCCGGUCUAUUAACCAAUUGUUGAUUUACCUAGCUAGGUACCUAGGUACUUACCAACUGCAUUAAUAUUAUAUCAUAAGAUCUUACAUUACUAUUUUGCAUUUUGUGUUUUUGUGUUUCUACAAAACUGGAAAAUCAAUAGAUUUUUGAUAUUGAUAAUACCUGUGCUCCUUUGGGUGCUGAUCUAUCUAUCUAUCUAUCUAUCUAUCCGCUCAUCCCACUAUCAACAGAACACAAUACAAUGACAAGACUCAAGAUCCCCCUAAACCCAGCCCAGUCGAUACAAUCGAUGCAGUCGGCGCAAUUGCGUGCUGGGAAACUGAGAUUGAGUGGGGGAUUGGGUGGCUAUAGCCGCACUAAAAAUCUGGGGAUUCUUGGGAAUGGUAAUACGAAACGCGGUUUUUCAGAGACGAAGUGGAGGCGCACGGAUGGGGUGUAUAGGGAGUUGACGGCGACAAGGACGAGGGUGCGUUUAUUGUGGGAGGAGGGAGGGGGUAGGGAAUGGGAAUGGGGUGGUUGGGGAGUGGAUGGGAAGGGAGGAAAGUGGUGGAGGGGUGGGGGGAAGGAAGGAGAGGGGAAGGAGGGGUUAGGAGGUGGGAGGGUGGAAUGGAGAUGGGAGUGGAGGUGGAAAGAGGAGAAGAGAAAUAAAGGCGGAGGACGGGAGGGUAAAGAAGCGAGAAGAGUGGGAGGUGAAAGAAGGGAGGGAUUUCAUUCGAUAUUUAAUAUUUCGUAUCCUUUAUUCAUUCACCACCUUAAGGACGAGGGUGAAUGUUCCUCGGUGCCUGGAGGUUACUAUUGAUUAGUUAUAGUCAAUGGAAAACAGGAGAUAGGGACAUUUAAAAGGAUGCAUAAUACUAACUUUAUACAUGUGUAAUUUCUAGAUUUUACCUUUAGCAAGCGAUCCUUGGCUUCUAGAUAAUUAUAUUACAGCCAGUGGACAUGUGAGGUUAGGAGCAAUUUUUAUGGUAUGUUUUCAAUUCCGGGAUUAGACGCCGAAGACGAAACAGGGAAUGUGAAGAAAUGAGAAAGAAACGACAUACUAACACACCCAGGACCUUGAUGCCCUCGCCGGAGUAAUUUCCUACAAACAUACAGGCGAUAGCGUAAUGACCGUCACCGCAGCAGUAGAUCGAAUCACCCUCUCUCGACCACUCCUCGAAAUCUGUGAUCUAGAACUCUCGGGUCAAGUUACCUUUGCAACUGGUCGAUCUAGUAUGGAAGUCUCAUUACAAGUAUGCAAAGCGAUUCCAACUGGGCAGACGAAGAAAAAUGAAGAUGUUUUUAUGGAAUGUGCUUUUACUAUGGUAUCGUUAGAUCCGGUUACGAAAAAAGCUGUUAAGAUUGCGGGGGUGGAACCAGAGAAUGAGGUGGAGAGGAAUUUGUAUGAAUUGGGGAUGAGGAGUUAUGAGAAGAAGAAGAGGGAGAUGGGUAGGGGGUUGAGGAGUAAGGAACCGGAUGAUGAGGAGAGUGAUUUGAUUCAUAGGCUGUGGUUGAAGACGUUGGAUUAUCAUGGUUUGUUUUCUUUUCUUUACUUUAGAUUUCUCCUCACUUGCCUCAACUCAAUACCAUCCAAAGCCCCUUUCCUCUCCAUUCAAUACUAACACCCACCCACAGACCCCAAUACUCCCUCCCUCCUCCCCAAAACCUGCACGCGCAUGUCAAACUCCACAAUCCAAUCCGUCCAAAUCAUGCAACCCCAAUACCGCAAUCGCCACAACUUCAUGAUCUUCGGUGGUUUCCUCCUAAAAUCUACUUUCGAAUUAGCAUUUACAUGUGCAUCAGCUAUUUCCCAUUCAAGACCUACUUUUAUCGCAUUAGAUCCUAGUACUUUUGAGAAUCCGGUACCGGUUGGAAGUGUGCUUUAUGUUAGUGCUACGUUGGUUUAUAGUGAUAGACCGCUUGUUGGGGAAGGGGAGGGAGGGAUGAGGUGAGAGGGAUGAAGGAGGGAAUGAAGAGGUGGCUAAGGGAGGAAGUGGGGAAAGAAACGAGAGUUCAGAUAAGAGUCGAUACGAAGGUUAAAAUGUGGAACAUGGUGAGACGAAACCGACAGGACAGUUUAAUUAUACGUUUGAGGUGGAGGGCAAACUGCAGGUUUUGCCGGAGAGUUAUAGGAGUUUAUGGUUUAUCUUGAUGAGGAGGAGUAUGGGGAGGUGUGGUGGAU